AUCCGCGGGGGACCGGGGAAUGGAGGUGCUCGAGCGCCAGCAGGUACCACUGGCGUUCCACGAUGUGGCUGUGGAGUUCACCCGGGAGGAGUGGCAGCUCUUGGGCCCUGCUCAGAAGGAUCUGUACUGGGACGUGAUACAGGAGACCGUUAGCCACCUGGUGUCCUUAGGGUAUCCAGUUGCCAAACCAGAUGCACUGUCCAGGUGGGAAAGAGGAGAACCACCUUGGAGUCCAUCGAAUGAAGUCAGUCGUGCCGAGUUGUCAGAAACCCGGGAAAUUGAUGCUCAUCUGCCUCAGCUCCUGCAAAAUGAAUUCAGGGUGAACAGAGUGACGCCAUGCCUUGAGCAUAAUGCAAGGGAAGGUAGUCUUUCUCAGUGCGGAAGCCAUUUUCCCGAACAGCAAAAUCACAAUGUGUUUGACUCACAUGCAAAGUCUGUGCAAUCAAAUAUCACUUCAAUCAGCCAGAGUAGCCGCUGUGAAGUGAAGGACUUUGGUGAAUUCACUGGAGGAGUAAAAAAUUUUCUCCAUGCUAAUCAGGAGCAGUUUCAUAAAGAAAUAAAUAUCAUCAAUGCCGCUGACAGGAAAUCCCGUAACACCAGAUGUGAACUCAUGAAGCAGGAGAGCAGUCACAAAAUAAAGAAACCACAUGUAUGCAGUGAAUGUGGGAAAGGCUUCACCAGGAAGUGUUGGCUCAUUAGUCAUGAGAUCAUUCACACAGAAGAGAAGCCCCAUAGUUAUAAUCUAUGUGGGGAAGCCUUCUCCAGACCACCGGAGCUCGCCCAACAUCAGAGAACACACAGAGGGAAGAGAUCUUUUGAAUGCACUGGACGUGGCAAAGCGCUUCUCACAACAUUUCAACUUACUGCCCAUCAAAAAAGUCACGUAGGCGUGAAAAGCUUUAAAUGCAGUGAGUGUGCAAAAGUCUUUCUACAUAAAGAUAAUCUCAUUAUUCAUCAGCAAAUUCACACGGACGACAAACCCUACAAAUGCGAGAAGUGUGGGAAAGGCUUUAUGCGGAAAGGAAAUUUCCGUGUUCAUCAGCGUGUUCAUGCUGGCGAAAAACCCUACAGAUGCAAGGAAUGUGGAAAAGAUUUCGUAAAGGAGGAAGAUUUCUUUAUUCACCAACGAACUCAUACUGGAGAGCAACCCUAUACAUGUAGUGGAUGUGGAAAAGGUUUCAUCCGGAAGGGACACCUCGUUAUUCAUCAGCAAAUUCACAGUGGAGAGAAACCAUAUCUGUGUACUGACUGUGGAAAGGGCUUCAUCCAGAAGGAAGAUCUCCUUGUUCAUCAGCGAAUUCAUACUGGAGAGAAGCCCUACAUAUGCACUGAAUGUGGUAAUGGCCACAUCACCCAGAGAGACCACAUUAUUCAUCAGCGAACUCAUAGUGGAGACAAACUCUAUUUAUGUAGUGAGUGUGGAAAAGCCUUUACUAGAAAAGGGAAUCUCACUAUGCAUCAGCGAAUUCAUACUGGAGAGAAGCCCUACAAAUGCAGUGAAUGUGGAAAAAGCUUCAUUCAGAAGGGAAAUCUCAUUGUUCAUCAGCGAAUUCACAGUGGAGGAAAACCCCACGCAUGCGGUGAACGGUGAAUGUGAAAAAGGCUUUAACCAGAAAGGAAGCCUCAUUGCUCAUCGGCGAACCUACACUGGAGAGAAACCCUGUGUAUGUGGUGAAUGUGGUAAAGGCUUCUGAAGAAAGUCACACCUCCUAGCACACCAGAGAUUACACAAUGAGAAUACUUACUUGGGAUGCAGUAUCUGGGGACAAUCUCAUUCUCAGAAGUCAAGUUUUAUUGGACAUCAAAAAAUUCAUGAAGGUGAAAGACCCAAUGUAGCGAAUGUGGGAAAACCUUCUCCAUGAAGCAAACACUCAUUGUGCAUCCAAGAUUUCAUGAAGGCGAGGAACUGUAUGGGUGCAGUGGGAGUGGAAAAGAAUUUUCUUACAUUUGUAGCCUUGUUUCACAAAAUACCGAUGAGAAAGAAAUGUGUAGAUUUAAGCACAGUGGAAGAAUCUCCCAAACCAGUGAUCUCAUGUAGGAGAAAAACCUUUUGAAUACACUAUGUACAAACCCAAGAUGCUGCUUGCUACCCAUGGCAAACAACUAUACACUUAGAGGUCAAAGAAAGCAGGUCAGAGGUUAUUCUCUGUAAGGGUAUCAGCCAA